AUUGACUCUACCCUUAAUUCCUUCCUUGAAUCUAGUUUGACUGGUGAAAUGUCCAUCUAGCACCAGGCUUGGACUUAAUCGUUUUGGAAGAGGGGACCAUGGACAUCGAAGCAUACUUUGAAAGAAUUGGUUAUCAGAAUCCCAGGAACAAACUGGACUUGCAAACAUUAACUGAAAUCCUUCAGCACCAGAUACGAGCUAUUCCCUUUGAGAACUUGAACAUCCAUUGCGGGGAAUCCAUGGAGCUGAGCUUAGAGACCAUCUUUGAUCAAAUUGUGAGGAAGAAGAGGGGUGGGUGGUGUCUCCAGGUUAAUCAUCUCCUGUACUGGGCUCUGACCAAAAUGGGCUUUGAAACCACAAUGUUGGGAGGAUAUGUCUUUAACACUCCAGCUAACAAGUACAGCAGUGGUAUGAUUCACCUUCUAGUACAGGUGACCAUCGGUGACAAGGACUACAUUGUUGAUGCUGGGUUUGGACGUUCCUACCAGAUGUGGGAGCCUCUGGAAUUAGCAUCAGGGAAGGAUCAACCUCAGGUGCCUGCCAUUUUCCGCUUGACAGAAGAGAAUGGAACCUGGUACUUGGACCAAAUCAGAAGAGAGCAAUAUGUUCCAAACCAAGAAUUUGUUAACUCAGAUCUCCUUGAGAAAAACAAAUACAGAAAAAUCUAUUCUUUUACUCUCGAACCCCGCACUAUUGACGACUUUGAGUCCAUGAAUACCUACCUUCAGACAUCGCCAGCAUCUGUGUUUACAAGCAAAUCAUUUUGUUCCUUGCAAACCCCAGAAGGGGUUCACUGUUUGGUAGGUUCCACCCUCACCUAUAGGAGAUUCAGUUAUAAAGACAAUGUGGAUCUUGUGGAAUUUAAGAGUCUGAAGGAGGAAGAAAUAGAAGACAUACUGAAAACUAUAUUUGGUGUUUCUUUAGAGAGAAAACUUGUGCCCAGGCAUGGUGAUAAAUUUUUUACCAUUUAGAAUAAGCAGCAGUACAAGUUUUCAGUGUCCCUCCGUGUACUUGAACUUUUUAUGAUAAAUUUUCAAGCAGAUGUACAGUAUAUGUAAUUACAUGAGCCUUUUUGCAUCCAUACCCUAGCUUACCAGUUACUGGUAACUAGUAAUUUGUUAUAUCCGCUCUACUCCUAUAUUUUAAAUAGCAAUAAUUGCAUCUUGGAUAAACCUCAUUGGCUAUGACACUGCCACUGUGCAAAGCUCUACUCCUGUAUUUUAAUAAAAGAAAACUAGACA